AUGGCCGACAUCCACAGCCUCCCCGUCGAGAUCCUCUAUCUCAUCCUCUCCUUCAUCAGCGCAAGCCCGCCGCCGACCGCAGACGAACGCGCACUGCGAGACCUCCCCAGCCACGCCGUAACGUCUUCCGGAACGACCGACCUCAAGAGCGUCUCGCGCGUGUGCCGUCAGUUUCGAGAGUUCUCCCGCGAGCACCUGUUCAGCUUCUGCCGGUACGAGCUGCGCGACCAGGACCGGUUCCUGACCUUCAUCAGCCGCCAUGGCCUGGCCGAGCACGUCAAGAGUGUCACCGUCUCGGUCCGCAGCAUAUUCCCCGGCAGCGAGAAGCAGCUGUGGUGGAAGACGCUGUUUGCGGCCCUGAACCCGACGACCGUCACCGUUGUUGCGCCGCCGUUCAUGAUCGCGGACAUGGCGCAGUGCGCUCUCCAGGGCGACAAAUGGGCCUUUGACAUGCCGCUGCAGACCAUCCAGUUCCGCCAGCAGCAGCAGCAGCAGCGGCAGCAGCAGCAGCAGCGAGACAAACAGCCUGAUACCCAGAUGAUCAUGCCAGCAACUGAGGGAGAGAACCGUGGCAGCGGCGGCGACGACGACGACAGCUUUCUCACCGCGAAGCCGUGGACGCAGCUGCUGUUUAACGAGGGCUCGUCUCUGCAGGCGUACAGCGUGGAAGAUUACUUCCGCCUGCGGCCUCCGUCCGUCAUCAACUACUGGGGCUCCGUCGACCCUUUGCAAGCGGUCAACCUCCCGUAUCCUGCCUCGGCCAUCUCGCGGCUAACCUCGUUUCGCUACAUUGCCGUCUUCCCCUUCUACAGCCAUACUAACCUGGUGCUUAAACUGUUCCGUAGCAUGACCAACCUGCGCUCGCUGGCCCUGCAGCUCUCGCCGCCGGAGUGGAGUAAUAUCUUUGAAAGGGAGCAGAAGAACUCGACCAUGGAUCCGGAGAAUGCCUGGAUGGAGUUGGAGACGGGAUACUCGCUUGUCCCUCAUUCGGUGCGGUAUCUAGGUGUACAUGGCCAUCUGGUCGAGUUCAGAGCUCUGGAUUAUAACCUGCCGCCGCAGAGGAGCUAUGUUUUCAGAACCAUGCAUCAGGUCCUUAAUCUCGCCUGGCAGCAUGACGGGCACGGCCGAUGGGUUAAACGGCCGGCUGCUUCGAACACUUCAGGCUGA